AUGAAGUUCGCUGCUUUCACCGCCCUCGCCGCCGUCUUCGGCUCUGCUGCUGCUGCCAACAAGGCCAAUGUCAUCAACGACUGCACCAACACCAUCUACGUCCAGUCUUUCCCCUACGGCGGCGGCGCUCCCGGUCCCUUGACCACUGUCAAGCCCGGCCAGCGAUUCUCUGAGGAUCUCCGUGCCUCCGGUUCUACCAUCAAGAUCGCCACCACCCGAACUCUCACCAAGCCUCUCUUCUUCGGCUACUCUUCCGAGUCUCAGCCCAACAACGUUUACUACGAGUUCAGCACUGAGUACGGCAACCCCUUCGCUGACAAGCACAACAUCUUGAGCCCUGGUGAGGGUUGCGAGAAGUUCGACUGCAAGGCCAACGAUGCCAAGUGCUACAGCACCCCCAGCAUGAAGAAGGUCUACGGCUGCCCCAGCCCCGUCAACCUGUACGCCAAGGUCUGCGCCAAGUAA